AUGAAGACAUUAAGAGGUGAAAGAAAUAUAAGUUCACAUUCUUUGCCGAAACAAAAUAUGCCUAAAUACACUCAACUUUUAUCCGUGAUUGAAGAUAUGGGAAAAGAAGUACGUACAGCCUAUGCCGGUAAUAAAACAUCUGUGGAAAGGUUAAAAAAGGGAAUUGUUCAAGCUAAGCACCUCGUAGGUGAAUGCUUAAUAGAAACGGAAAGAUCAGCAAGGCAAUGA